AGUUGACGGGAAAUUUUACUUGUGGCAACGGAAUAACGUCACAUCCGGUUAGUGGACCCGUGAAAGUUUAAAGAUGUUUACAUCAGGGAGACCCAGAUGGCUCUGGUGCUUAUGUCUCUGCGGAGUUUUACCGGACACUUUUUGCCUAGUGGGCGCAGGAAUGCUUUUCCCCCGGGAGUCGCCCUCUCGGGAAGUGAAGGACCUGAGCGGACUGUGGAGCUUCCGAGCGGACAAGUCGCCAAACAGGAACCAAGGCUUCGAGAAGGCAUGGUACAAAAGUCGCCUGGCAGAGACUGGCCCCGUGAUGGACAUGGCUGUUCCCGCCAGCUUCAACGACAUUACGCAGGACCCCAAACUACGAGAUUUCAUUGGCUGGGUGUGGUACGAGCGAGAGGUGACGGUGCCCGCCCGCUGGCUGACAGAUGAAGGAACGAGAGUGCUUCUCCGAGUGGGAAGCGCCCACUAUUAUUCAGUCGUGUGGGUCAACGGGGUGAAAGUGACCGAGCACAACGGUGGCCAUCUUCCCUUUGAGGCAGAGAUAGGCAGCGUGAUCCGAGAGGGUCCGACGAGCACCUGCAGGAUCACCAUCGCCGUCAACAACACUCUGACACUGGAGACGCUACCCCCUGGAACCAUCCAGUACCUCAACGACCCCACCAAGUAUCCUAGUGGCUUUUUUGUGCAAAACACCAACUUUGAUUUCUUCAACUAUGCUGGGAUUCACCGUCCUGUAUUGCUGUACACUACUCCCAAGGCCUACGUAGAUGACAUCACAGUGGUGACGGACUUCUUGGACAGCACAGGCUUUGUCAAGUACAAGAUAUCGGUCCAAAAUGCCGCUGAAGCCACCUUGAAGGUCACUUUGAUGGAUAAAGACCGACACUCAGUGGCUUCAUCCAGCGAGCCAUCUGGAGUGCUCAAAUUGACCGAUGUCAAACUCUGGUGGCCGUACUUGAUGCAUGAAAAUCCGGCUUAUCUUUACUCUUUGGAGGUUCACUUGAUGGCAGCAGAUGAAAGUUCAACAUCGACAGAUGUAUAUAGUCUACCAGUCGGCAUCCGCACUGUUCACGUCACCAACGCUCAGUUCCUCAUCAACAACAAGCCUUUCUAUUUCCAUGGAGUCAAUAAGCAUGAGGACUCUGAUAUUCGAGGUAAAGGCUUUGACUGGCCCUUGAUUGUCAAAGACUUCAACUUAAUGAAAUGGUUGGGCGUCAACUCGUUUCGCACCAGCCACUACCCCUACGCAGAAGAAAUUCUACAGAUGUGUGACCGCCAUGGCAUCGUGGUGAUUGACGAGUGCCCAGGGGUUGGCAUCAAAGACAUUCGGAGUUUUGGCAACACCUCCCUGGCUCAUCACCUCGACGUCAUGGAGGAGCUUGUGCGUCGGGACAAGAAUCAUCCCUCCGUGGUCAUGUGGUCAGUAGCCAAUGAACCAGCGUCAGAGAUGCCUCCUGCUGAAUAUUAUUUCAAGACUUUGAUAACUCGUACUAAAGAUCUGGACCCGACCCGGCCUGUGACUUAUGUCACAGACAGUAACUAUGCCAGAGACAGAGGGGCCCCGUAUGUGGACAUAAUCUGUGUGAACAGUUACUUCUCCUGGUACCACGAUCCAGGCCACGUGGAGGUCAUCCCAAUCCAGCUCAACACACAAUUCGAGAACUGGUACGGAAAGUAUCAGAAGCCCAUCAUUCAGAGUGAAUACGGAGCAGACACCGUGCCUGGCUUUCACAGUGACCCGCCCAUGAUGUUUACAGAGGAGUACCAGAAUGUGGUCUUGCAGAGCUACCACAACGUGUUUGACGAGAAGAGGAAGAAAUAUGUCGUUGGAGAACUCAUCUGGAACUUUGCCGACUUCAUGACUGUUCAAGGGAUCACACGUGUGGUGGGCAACAAGAAAGGCGUCUUCACCAGGCAAAGACAACCCAAAGCCGCAGCGUUCAUCCUGAAGGAGCGAUACUGGAGGCUCGCAAAUGAAACUGGGAAGAUAGCUCCUUGGACCAAAUAUCCUUGUGGGUUCUGAAAACCACCGCGUAAGCAUUAUUCAACUGCUAACAUUUCAUCUUUACUGUUUACAGAAUGUGUUGAAUCACCAGCAAAAUGAUGAAUGUAUAAACGAAUAAACGCUUUAUCAGUGAUGUAAAUAGCUGUUUGAUGUUUUGAUUAGCUUGGGGGAACGCGUACUAAGGAAAUGGUUGGACUUCAACAGUUUUUAAAAAAAACGGUAAAAAAACACUCACACUCUGAUUGUGAUCAUUCCUAUGCCAGCUCAAUUUUCUUUAGUACUUAAAAAAUUGUAUAAAACUCUAGACAAAUUUCAGGAAGAGUACACUAUGGAUCAAAACAACUCAUUUUGCAUAUUUUAGCCUAACAAGGAUAAACUGCUCAAGAACUGACCAUUAAUGACGCUUUGUAUGUAUUUUUAAAAAGCACCUUAUUAA